AUGGCGUCUUCUGAUCCCAACAAGUUGUUAACCAAAGCUGAUAAGCUAACAAAACUCAGUCUCACUAGGUGGAGUGUUGAUUGGAAGACUGCUACUGAUCUUUAUGAACAGGCUGCUAUUGGGUUUAGAGCUUCCAAGAACCAUGAGAAAGCCAAGUUGGCUUAUGAGAAAGCUUCGCAAGGACAAGAGAUGCUUUCUUCACCUUGGGAUGCGGCUAAGCACAUGGAAUCUGUUGUUGCUCUGGCCAAGGAGCUGAGCAACUAG